AUGGAGCGGUACGCAGGUCGCGUCGCCCUGGUUACGGGCGCCAACUCCGGCAUCGGCGCCGCCACCGCACGGGCGCUGCUCGAGAAGGGGCUCAAGGUCGUCGGCCUCGACAAGAGGAUCGACAUGAUCAAGCAGUUGGCUCGAGAACUGAAGGAUGCUCCCGGUGCACUGUAUCCAUUGCAAUGUGACGUCAGCAGCGAGGAGAGUAUUCUGUGCGCCUUGAAAUGGAUCAAAGAAAAUUUAGGAGGAAUCGAUGUUCUUAUCAACAGCGCUGGUCUUUGCGGAGAUAGCUCUCUGACAGCUGGACAGACAGCCGAGUGGAAGCGCAUACUGGACGUCAACGUGCUGGGGCUGUCCAUCUGCACCAGGGAGGCCGUCCAGAGCAUGCUGGACAGGGGAGUCGACGACGGUUUCAUCAUCCACAUAUGCAGUAUAUCUGGCCACAUUAUACCAUCAGAUUCAAAUUACUCGAUGUACCAUGCCAGCAAGCAUGCUGUCAAGACUCUGCUUGAAGGACUGAGAAAGGACCUGGUUGCUAGGAACAGCAAGAUACGAUGUGGGCAGCACGUGGUGCAGCAGUGUGCAUUGCAGUUCCAGUUCACGGCAGUUGGAGGCCUACAAUGCUCAUUUAACCACCCUUGA